AUGUCCGGUCCCACCUGGUUGCCACCGAGGACUCUGGACAGUCCCGAACGAGCCGCCCCCCAGAUGUCCCACUCGCCGGGCUCGGCCGUCUACCGGGCGCCCAACAAGAAGGGGGCGCCGGACUUCCGGCCAAAAUAUAGCCCUUUGGAGCAGAACGGAGGAGGGAUAGCUACUCGUUACGUGGCAACUGGACCCUCAGGUGGUCCCGCUCACUAUUACUCCCCUCCGCACGUGCCCAACGAAGAUCACAACUGGAGCGCUCACGAGCUGACUCACCGAGGAUCCGACAAGACCGCGGGACGUCACUCUGACAUCGACGCGGACAUCGAUUCGCUCAGCGCUAUGCUGGCCGACCUCGACGGCCACCCGCAGGACUCCAGCACGCAACUCUACGACAACGUGCCUUACAACAAAUUCCUCUCGGGGGAUCACUACAACGCAGUCCGGCCCUCCUCGGGGUACCCCCCUCAUCCCCAGAAUCAGUACCGCGCACAGUCUUCUUACCCCGGAGAGCGAGGCGUGACUCCGUACUCGGCACCCCACCAGCGCGGCGACUACUACUCGUCAGCCCCCGCCAAACCGUACCCGCAGCCCGUACCGGCGUCCUACACCACGGCGUCCACCCCAACCGGGCCCAGGUUUAGCGUGCAGGUCAAGACCGCCCAGCCCGUCACCUACUCGCAGACUGGGCGGCAGGCCGAGCAGGCUUACGCUCCGCAGCCGCCGCGCCAGCACCACCCGCCACUUCAGGCCAGCCCGCAGGACUGGUACCCCGGGCACCCUGGCUCCCAACCUCAGGAGAUCCAGAGAGGAAGAGGAGGCCAGGUGCCUUUGUCUAAAAGAGGAAUGGAAAAUAAUCACAUGGGAGCAGCACUGAGUCCUGCUUACCAGUCAGGCAAGCACGUGCCAGCACCUAGCCGUCCGGAAGAAGAACUGGAUCGCCUCACCAAGAAGCUCGUCUACGAUAUGAACCACCCGCCCGCCGAGGAUUAUUUUGGACGAUGCGCUCGCUGCGGCGACAACGUGGUGGGCGACGGCAGCGGCUGUGUGGCCAUGGAGCAGGUGUUCCACGUGGAGUGCUUCACAUGUAUCACGUGUCACGCCCGCCUGCGAGGGCAGCCCUUCUACGCCCUGGACAAGAAGAGUUACUGCGAGACUUGUUACAUUAGUACGUUAGAGCAAUGUUCCAAGUGCUCCAAGCCCAUUUUAGACCGCAUCCUUCGGGCGAUGGGGAAAGCCUACCACCCUCGCUGUUUUACAUGCGUGGUAUGCAACUGCUGCUUGGACGGCGUGCCCUUCACCGUGGACGCCACUUCACAGAUACAUUGCAUCGAAGACUUUCACAGGAAGUACGCACCUCGCUGUUCCGUUUGCGGCGAGCCCAUCAUGCCCGAGGCGGGUCAGGAGGAGACGGUCCGGAUCGUUGCGCUGGACCGCAGCUUCCACGUCAACUGUUACGUGUGUGAGGAAUGCGGACUCCUGUUGUCCUCCGAGGGCGAAGGUCGCGGAUGCUACCCGUUGGACGGGCACAUCCUUUGCAAGGGCUGUAGUGCCCGGCGGAUCCAGGACCUCUCGGCCAAAAUCUCCACGGACUGCUGA